AUGGGAAAUCACACAGAUUCUGGCACCUUUUCAACAGGUGACUGGAGCACCUGUCCACCACGACGGAGGCAGUUUGCCAUUGCUGAGGCAGCCCACCAUUGCCAAGGCAGACCACAAUUACAGAGAGACUCCGCCGUUAUAGAGGUUAAGUUAAAAUACAAAUACAAAGCAAGAAUCUCCCUGGAGGAAUGCCUUUCAUUUGGAGUCCUAGGAGAGCAUGGCCGAGGAGUAACUGAACACUAUGGAAUCAAUAUUGAUGAUACUGACCUUGUCAGUGCCAACUUGGAGAAUGCACUUGCUUCUAUUGGAGUUUUCUGCUGUGGCAGGUCUUUUGUAAUUGACCAUCAGCGACUUUCCGGCCAGGGAUACUGCUUUUCAGCUUCAUUACCUCCCCUGUUAGCUGCUGCAGCAAUUGAGGCCCUCAACAUCAUGGAAGAGAAUCCAGGUAUUUUUGCAGUGUUGACGGAAAAGUGCAGACAAAUUCAUAAAGCUUUGCAAGGAAUUUCUGGACUAAAAGUGGUGGGGGAGUCCUUUUCUCCAGCCUUUCACCUACAACUGGAAGAGAGCACUGGGUCUCGUGAGCAAGACGUCAGACUGCUUCAGGGAAUUGUAGAUCAAUGCAUGAACAAAAAUAUUGCACGAACCAUGGUGUGCUACUUGAAGAAAGAAGAGAAGUGCCUCCCUCCUCCCAGCAUUCGGGUUGUGGUCACAGUGGAACAAACAGAGGAAGAACUGGAGAGAGCUGCGUCCACCAUCAAGGAGGUGGCCCAGGUCGUCCUGCCCUAGGCUGAAUCUCAAGACUAUGGCCUCUUGCCACACAGCACACAGACAGGACUCAACACUCCCACAGGCCAAGGAAGGGCCUGAAGGAGAGCAAGAGCAUGUGGAUCUUCUAUAGGAUUGUUACUAAAUGGUGCCAAUGUGGACCAAUUGUGUGAACAUGAGAAGGAUGCUUAUUUUUUUAAAAGAAAACACAUCUAAAAGCCCAGGAACUGAUUUUUUUAAGAGGAAAACUAAUGACGGUAUAUAACUGAUAUUUAAAUUUUGCAUUUAGUACUAUUUAAAUGUUUUAUUAUACUAGUAUUUUGUAUUCUUUUGUUGUGGUUUAAAACUGGUUCAGUUUCUCUGCCCUCCCUUCUAAUAGUAAUGAUUCAGUAAGCACUCCUUAACUCCUUAAUAUUUCGUAGAAAAAUGACUGCAACGUUAAAGCUUAGAAGAACACUUCAACAUAUGUGGUACACAUUUAUUAUCUAAUUAAACCACAUAUUUUCUAGUCUUUGUCAUGUGAAUCU